CCAGCACUCUGCUGAGUAGAAGUAUUCCAACAGAGACAGUAGCUGGCAUAAUAAGGUUUGGAAAACAGUGGCAACUCAGGUCACCAGGAUUUCUCAAGUACUUCCACAAUGCGUCUCCGCUCAAGCUGCCGAAAGCCAUGCAAAUUAGAUAGAAGGCAAUCUGUUAAAAAGAAAUGUCUACUGCGCACCAGCAAAACAGUUUUAGAAAAGCCAGGCUCGUUUGCCAGACCCCUGAAGAGAAAGGCUUUGCCUUUGCAUACAUCAAUCACGCCCGUGCAGAAGGUGCAGCACAGGAUGUGUCAGGCCUGCCAGUGCCAGGAUUGUGACCCAGGUCCUCAGGAUGUGCACAGGUUUAGUCUGCGAGAAACAAUAAAAUGUUACAUACUGACAGAAGAUUCAAAAACUGUGCAUUUUGACUUAGAUGAACAUGGUCAUCAUGAAAUAUCCACAAAGGAUUCACAAUCUCAUGAAGAUAUUGCAUGGUUAAGCGUGUUCACAAGCAAUGAAUCAAUGGUUCAUGGUGCUAAAAAUCUGGUGGUUCUCAUGCAGAGAUCAAAGCUUAAUGAAUUUGUCCUGUUGUGCAACGGUGAAAAGCAGCUCUCUCUAAAGGUCUUAAAAGCAUGCUGUUCAGAACCAGAUUAUCCUAAAGUGAAAAGAUGCAAAAUGAAAACAUGCAAGCAUGAAGAUCCUGACUUCGAACAGCUGAGUGAAGACAAUCUGUUUUUCAUCAUGCAUUACCAAGGAGAUUCAGUGAAGUUCCAGUGCUAUGAAGACACAAGUUACUAUCUGCAUGUGAAUGAGGACUCACUAGACAUACGCAAGCCAGAAGACACAGAACCUGAUGGAGAGAAAAAUUUUUACUUCAAGGUGUCAUAUUUGUAGGAAGAGUAAUUUGCCAACCUUUCAGCAGCUUAAGUGUCUAUACCACUCCUACAAUAAGCUAACAGAAAUUUUGCCUUUCUUAAGACUUUUUUGUACCAUCUUAAGUCACAGUUUUCCAUUUUAUAAAUAACAUCCUUUAGUCCUGUUCUAUACAAUAGGAAGAGAAAAUGUCUAAGUUUGGAAAACAGGUCUGUUGGCGUCUUAUCUUCACAAUUAUUGUUUUAAGUAGCUGAGUUCUUCCUGAAGGGGAAAUAUAAACAGGGUCUAUCUCAAAAACAGAGAUAAAAUACGUUAUCACACAUAGGUAUGAAAUACAAACAGUUAGUUUUCCAUGUUGUAAGCAUUUUCUUCUUUUAAAGUGUGUCUUAAGAAUGCAUCUGAGCUCAAGAAGAAAGCAUUCAGAUGUCAUUAAAUGCAUAUGUGCAUGUACAUCCACACUGACUAACUUUAGGAGUGAAGAGGAUGUCUCAAAUCUGCAGGAAAACAAAGGAGCAGAGCUACUAGCUAGACAGAAGAGCUCUUCAACCUCCUCUGUAUCUCACAUAAGAAAAUAUAUUCCAUUAUGCAAUUUCAGCAUCUGUCCGGCAGUCUUGCUCUGUACAAAAAAACUUACAUAUAGCCUGAGACUCACAAUGUGUUAGGCAAAAGAAGGUAGGCAAACAGGACUGGCUGCACUUAACAGAUGACUGAAUAUUGGCAGCAAAAUUAGUCUAGCUGACUUACUGGCUUCCAUCUCUGAAUCUUAGAACCAAACUGAAGUGUUCAGUUGCAAAGCAGAGUGCAAGAUAAUAAUUAAAUGUUCAAAAUGACUGGAAAAUGAAAAUAAACUCCAUAAGCUUA